AUGGGCGCCUUCCGUCGUCGUCGCCGUCGGUUUCUCUUAGCCGCCAUCGCCGUCUUUGCUCUCCUCCACCUCUUCUCCGCCGCCUCCGCAGUCUCCAUUAGUGGAUGGCUUGGGCAAGGUAGUGGGUCGGAUUUACCGGGUCGGUUGAAGCGGUUUGGCGGACCGGGUUCGUCACCACCGACAUGUAGAUCCAAGUGUGGGAAGUGUCAACCGUGUAAACCGGUUCAUGUACCGAUUCAACCCGGUUUAAGUAUACCAUUAGAGUAUUACCCUGAAGCUUGGCGAUGCAAGUGUGGAAACAAGCUCUUCAUGCCCUAG